CCUCUGGUUUUCAUCAGCGCACGAGCGGAUUAGCCGUUUAAACAGGGCAUUGCUAGCGAAAGCUCGCGACCGCCGCAGCUCAAGGAGAAGAUGAUGAUGCGCCGUCUUCCAAAGUUUUAGCCGACUUCUGUGCCUUCAGCCUGAGGAUACUGGUAUGGUUUCCCAGGAUGGAAACGGACGACGUGUCGGUUCGGGAGCAACUAUUUCACAACCGCGUCCGGGAAACUAUAAUCUGCAUCCUCCUCUUUACAUGCCUCUAUAUGGUGUGCUACCUUGUUCUCACCCACUUCAAGAAGACUGCUGAGUUCGUCACAGAUGAUAUUGAAGACGCUACAGUCAAUAAAAUUGCACUGUGGUUGUGCACGUUCACCCUGUCUGUCGCGGCGUGUGCUGUGCUGCUUCUCCCCAUCUCCAUUCUGUCAAACGAAGUCCUGCUCACCUUUCCGCACAGCUACUACAUGCAGUGGCUCAACGGAUCUCUCAUACAUGGCUUGUGGAACCUAGUCUUUCUUUUUUCCAAUUUGUCCCUGGUCUUCCUCAUGCCCUUUGCUUAUUUCUUCACCGAGUCAGAGGGAUUUGCAGGAUCCAAAAAGGGAGUCAUGGCAAGAGUGUAUGAAGCGGUCGUGUUGCUCCUGCUGCUGGCUCUGCUCGUGCUGGGCAUUGUGUGGGUGGCUUCAGCUCUCCUCCAUGACAACAUAGCUCGAAAGAGCCUCUAUGACCUGUGGGAGUAUUACCUUCCCUACCUAUACUCGGGUAUCUCUCUGUUUGGAGUGCUGAUGCUUUUGUUGUGCACCCCUUUUGGGUUAUCUCGCAUGUUCAGUGUAACGGGCAGCCUGCUAGUCAAGCCACGGCUGCUGGAAGAUAUAGAAGAUACACUGAGCUGCUCCAUGUUUGAGGAAAACUCUCUUCGCAGGAAACUUAACUGUGGGAACCAGUCGUGUUGGUCUAAACUAAACAUGGAGGCUUUGAGACAGGAGUAUCAAACAGUCCGGACCAAGCGUGUAGCACUGGAGAUGCGCAGGAAAGCAUCCCCAUGGCAGCGGAACCUGGGUUACCCUCUGGUAAUGAUAGCACUCCUGGCACUGACGGUGAUGUGUGUUCUAAUGGUCUGUUUCAAUGUAUUGGAGUUGCUGCUGGAUGAAACGGCAAUGCCCAGAGGAAUGGAGGACCCUCAUCUGGGGAUGGCUUCUUUCUCCAUGUUUGGUUCACUAGGUGCUGCAGUUCAAGUGGUUCUCAUCCUUUACCUGAUGUUAUCAUCAGUCGUUGGUUUCUACAGUUCUUCUCUGUUCUGUGGUCUCCUUCCUCGUGCCAAAGACACCAACCUGACCCAGAUAAUUGCAAAUUGUGUUUCGCUGCUUAUUCUGAGCUCAGCCCUGCCAGUCUUCUCCCGCACACUUGGGAUCACCCGCUUCGACCUGCUGGGAGACUUCGGUCGAUACAACUGGCUGGAGAACUUCUACGUCGUCUUCCUUUACAACAUGAUGUUCGCCGGUCUCACCUCAGCUUCCCUGAUAAAGACAGUCACCUGGGCCGUACAGAGAGAGCUCAUCCGCGCUUUUGGACUCCACAGGUUGCCUUUGACUGUGUCACGCUCCACUGUGCCCUUCAGACUCCUCCUGGCUAGUGGUCUGUCUAAGAUCCAGUGACAAUGUUGACCUCAUCACUGAAGUUUUUAAUAUUUGAAAAAAACAAGCCAGUUCUAAUAUCCCUUUGCUGUAUUGACGACACUACAAGUCAAUCGAUUGUUGGCUGGCUGGCACGGGAGUUUGGACAUGGAGUCUUCGUCUGCACUGAGCCCAGACGGACACUGCUUCAUGUUCCCGGUUGAUACUUUUUCUAAAGAAGGUCCAGGUUGGUGCCACUGUUGUGGAGGUUACUGGAACAAGAGGAAAAGGGAUUCAAGCCUUAUUGGAGAGUCUCGCCAUCGCUAAGAACAAUGCAGCCCCUCCAAACGCCUUAAAAAAGAGGGUCCUUUAAAGCAGUUGUGCUGUUGACACAUGUGAAAGUCGGCAGUUAUUUUGAAAUAUUACACUCUAGCUGUGACAUCAUUUCCUCUUUCCUUUUUUUUUUUUUUAGGUCGCCUGAAUGCUUAUGUCUUUGUGGUUCUCGUUCAGUUUUUUAAGGAGUGUGCCACCAUUUUAAGAUUGGGAAGCUUGUGCUUUCACGGUGGCUGGAGUUUAAACUUUUAUUUUUAACAGAAAGUGUUUUUGGAGGAAAUCAGGAUGGCUUCUUGUAUGUCUGUGGAUCUAUACGUUACACAGGGAACAUAAGAUGCAUGGAAUAGUUUUUCAAAAUCAGUAACAAAAGUAUUCUGAGAUAAUAAAAAAAAAUACACUCUUUUUUUACAAACCAGCUUAGGACAAGAACAUAAGAAUUACUUGAGAAGAAUUUUUUUUUUUUUUUUAAGCUUUACUGCUAGUUUUACUCAGUAUUCUUGAAUGUGACACACAUUAGGAGGAAAGAGACAAUCAAACUGUGAAGCAUAAAAUCUUUUUUGGGAAAGUGCAAUACUUGAUAUAAAAUCAUACCUUUAAACUUUACCAAAAAUGUUCUCCUCUUUCGGGUUCCUCUCAUCUCGGUCUUCUCCAUGUUAGACACUAUGGUUGUAGUCAUUUCUACAUUUUCUACCAAGCUGUGACUGAGGAGCCUCGAGGUAUUAUUUGUUUUUUACGAUGGUCACACGUUUCUUUAUCUCAGCACUACCUUAAUAUCUGCUGUGUUCCUUGAUUCUGCUGCUGUUCUGUCCCGUUGGUUCGUCCAGCAGAGGAUGGUGUUUCUUAAAUCAAACCGGAGCCUUUUUACUGUGAGGUUCAGUUUCUAAAGUCACUAAGUUUAUAUUUGCAUUUUAUACAAAACACAGUUUACAAAUGACUUUUUGGGGAAUGUUAUUUUGGAUUUUUUUUAACUGAGGUUUUCUAAUGUGGUUUUAUUGUUAUUUAUGGGCAUUUUAGGGUCUAUACAUUGCAUUAGAUUUUCUUAGAGCUUUUAUUUGUAAUGUAUCUGAGCCAAAAGAAAAGUUGUCAUUUUUGUAAAUUUGUUUACUUUGAUGGCUCACGUUUGCCUGAAUCUUUUUUUUUUCUUUAGUUUUGUGACCUCAAAGCAAUAAAUAUUUGAGUUUUGUUA